AUGAAACUGAAAGUCACCGGACCAGGAAUCAAUCAGAUCGUUACUUUGAAGCAGGAUGCAACACUCAAUGAUCUCAUUGAUCAUAUUGAUAUAGAUGUUAAGACGCUGAGGUUUGGAUACCCUCCCCAAAGGAUCAAUUUGCAAGAGGAAGACACUUCCUUGAUACAAACCCAGCUGGACGAGCUGGGUAUUAACUCUGGUGAGAAGAUUACAAUAGAACCCUCUGACAGUGACGAAAGCUUCAGUUUGCCACCGCCACAACCCAAACCAAAGAGAGUGCUAAAGAGCACGGAAAUGUCCAUUGGUGGCAGUGGAGAAGACGUCCUAUCAGUUCAUCCUGUUCCUGACGAUAAUUCAUGUCUAUUUCAUGCUAUUGCCUACGGUAUUUUCAAACAAGAUAACGUCCGUGACCUUAGAGAGAUGGUCUCUAAGGAGGUCCUAAGUAACCCCAUCAAAUUCAAUGACGCCAUAUUGGACAAACCUAACAAAGAAUACGCGCAAUGGAUAUUGAGAAUGGAAUCCUGGGGUGGAGCCAUAGAGAUCGGUAUCAUAUCCGAUGCACUCUCGGUAGCUAUUUAUGUAGUAGACAUCGAUGCUGUUAAAAUUGAGAAGUUCAACGAGGACAAGUUCGACAGUUACAUUUUGAUCCUGUUCAACGGGAUCCACUACGACUCCUUGACUAUGAACGAAUUCAAGACUGUUUUUGACAAGAAGAACCAGCCGGAAUCAGAUGAUGUUUUAACAGCAGCUUUACAACUAGCCUCAAAUUUGAAGCAAACUGGCUAUUCCUUUAACACUCAUAAGGCCCAGAUUAAAUGUAACACUUGCCAAAUGACUUUUGUGGGCGAAAGAGAAGUUGCUAGGCACGCUGAAUCUACGGGCCACGUUGAUUUUGGCCAGAAUAAAUAA